UUUACAUUCUUGUAUUUUUCUUAAUUUACACGUUUCUAUAUGAAUUACCACCUAUGGUUCACAAUAAAUCUAUUACAAAAUGAGUUUCACUAGUGACGAAGUGAAUUUUCUUGUCUAUCGGUACUUGCAGGAAUCAGGUUUCCACCAUUCGGCGUACACCUUCGGCAUCGAAUCUCAUAUAUCGCAAAGCAACAUAAAUGGAGCACUCGUUCCUCCAGCUGCGCUACUCAAUAUUUUACAGAAGGGCCUACAGUACACAGAAGCGGAAAUAACUAUUGGAGAAGAUGGUACAGAAACACGUCUUACGGAAAGCUUAAGUUUAAUAGAUGCGGUGACUCCAGACAUAGUAGCAGCUCGACAGAAUGCCCACAACGCCCAGAAGCAGGCCAUUAAGGCUGAACCAGGAUCCGGCAGUGAACAGAAUGGUGUUGAUGGUACAACAUGCAGUGCAGCGUCAGCUGGCGGAGGAGCAGCAACACCAAGUGCUCCAGAAAACAUGGAUGUAGACCAAUCCAUUGAGAUUCCUGCCAAUAAAGCUACAGUUCUCAGAGGACAUGAAUCUGAAGUGUUCAUAUGUGCCUGGAACCCCAGUACAGAUCUACUGGCUAGCGGGUCUGGAGAUAGUACAGCCAGAAUUUGGGACAUGUCAGAUAAUCCUGCUACUACUCCAAAUCAAUUAGUUCUAAGACACUGCAUACAAAAGGGAGGGGCUGAAGUACCCAGUAAUAAAGAUGUCACUUCUUUGGAUUGGAAUUGUGAUGGUAAUCUCCUAGCAACAGGAUCUUACGAUGGUUACGCACGCAUAUGGACGACAGAUGGAACACUGGCAUCCACAUUAGGUCAACAUAAAGGGCCCAUAUUUGCUCUUAAGUGGAAUAAAAGGGGAAAUUAUAUUUUGAGUGCUGGGGUUGACAAGACCACAAUAAUUUGGGAUGCAGCAUCAGGACAAUGCACUCAACAGUUCUCUUUCCACUCUGCCCCAGCUCUUGAUGUUGACUGGCAGACCAACCAGUCCUUUGCUUCAUGCUCAACUGAUCAGUGCAUCCAUGUGUGUAGAUUAAACAUUGACAAGCCCAUCAAGAGCUUCCAAGGACAUACAAAUGAAGUAAAUGCUAUCAAGUGGGAUCCUCAAGGACAGCUGCUUGCAUCCUGCUCUGAUGACAUGACACUCAAGAUCUGGUCAAUGAAGCAAGACACAUGUGUGCAUGACUUACAAGCUCACUCCAAAGAAAUUUACACUAUUAAAUGGUCUCCAACUGGACCAGGGACAGCCAAUCCCAAUAUGAACCUCAUCUUGGCCAGCGCAUCAUUUGAUUCUACAGUCCGUCUAUGGGAUGUGGAGAGAGGUGUCUGUAUUCAUACACUGACAAAACAUACAGAGCCUGUUUACAGUGUGGCCUUCUCACCAGAUGGAAAGUUCUUGGCAAGUGGCUCAUUUGACAAAUGUGUUCAUAUAUGGUCAACACAAACCGGUGGACUAGUACACUCUUAUAAGGGAACAGGAGGAAUCUUCGAAGUCUGCUGGAAUUCUCGAGGUACAAAAGUUGGCGCUAGUGCAAGUGACGGUAGUGUUUUUGUUUUAGACUUGCGUAAACUCUAGGACAGGGUGUUUCCCUGAAUAACAGACAGUGUUAUACAGAAAGUUGUAACUAUAACAAGAAUAUGUAGGUUAUAUUGUUUCUUAAUUACUAUAUUUUACUCGUUUGUGUCAGAACACAACGAUAUGGGUGUAUAUUUUUGUUGUUUGUGCCUGAUGAUAGUG